GGACGCUAUCUAUGGUGCGGAACAAAGGAAGGCGAUAUGUUUGAAUAUGACAUAGAGGCAAUGCGUGUGACGUCAACUCGGAUGAGUGCACAUACAGGGCCAGUGCUUAUUUUGCAAAGGGUUAAAGACAAUAUGAUCAGCAUUGAUGAAAGUGGAAAGAUCUGUACAUGGCUAGCAAAAGAUCAAUCUCUUCCAUCACUCAAGGAUCCGCCAGUCACACAACGCAUCGUGAUAGAUAAGUACUCAUGCACUUUUGUAUUGGGAGAUGAAGUUUGGGUAGCUUCUGCAAGUGAUACUGCCGGAUCUACUUCCAGGACCCCAAGAGUACGCAUCUAUCGCCCAUUUACGAUCGAUAAACCUUUUAAUGCAAAUUCUCGACCUGUUGGUAUACCCGAUAAUAUCGGACCUAGCCAUCUAGGUCUUAUAUCUAGUGCAGCUCUCGUCCCUCUGCAACCGGAUUAUGUCUUCCUAGGCCAUCAGUCUGGACAUAUAUCGAUAUGGAAUCGGUUCACAUAUUCAUGUGUGUAUGUUCAAAAGCUCAAUAUGGCAGGUGUGACCUGUUUAUGCGGUGUACGAGGUCACUUUCUCUGGGCGGGAAGCAGACAAGGAGAAAUACGAAUUUUUGAUGUUCGAGAACAGCCAUGGCAAGUGAUCAAGAUUUGGCAAGCAAACAAGGCUGGAGCAGUAACGCAGAUGAUUGUUGAUGCUUCUCCAAUUGAUGACGGGAAAUUACAAGUUUUGGCCACCUCUUUGGAAGGUGAAAUUCAUAUUUGGGAUGGCCUUCUCAAGACUGAUUGGAUGACUGUGGAACUUGAACGUCGACUGACAGAGUAUUCCACAUUCCGCACUCUGAAGACAUUCCAUCUCACAUUCAACAUUGACGCUGCUACUGUGAUGGACUUUGAGGGACACGAAUUACCUGGUUUUGAGUUGCUAGAGGAGAACGACAUGCCGGAUGUGAUUGUCAUCGGGUUCCAAGAGUUGGUCGAUUUGGGCGAUACACGUAUUAUGGCGAAGAAUCUGAUCUUAGGCGGUGGAAGAAAAAGCAAGCAAGCCGAUGCAGGAGAAAGGUUGAGCCAUCAAGCAAGAGCUUGGACGCAAAGAUUGUCGGUAGAAGUGCAGAGAAGGUUUCCAGACUUUAAGUUGCUUUUGCAAGAUAGUCUGGUUGGUCUCUAUACAGCUAUCUUCGUCAGGGAAAGUGAGCUAUCAGCAAUUCGUGAUCCUGGUAUCGCGACUAUCAAGACUGGUUUUGGCGGCAGGAUGGGAAAUAAAGGUGCAAUUGUUGCUUCUAUGCGAAUAGAUGAUACACCUUUGGCAUGGAUCAAUUGUCAUUUAGCCGCAGGACAAAGGCAUGUCCGACAAAGAAACGCAGAUUUGGUCAACAUAUUCGAAUCUACCUUGAGUCAAAAAGCAAGCAAUCAAAAGUUGGAUUAUGAAGUUGAUGCGUAUGCAGGCGGAGGUGAUGGCUCGAUGAUCUUGCCGGAUCAUGAGAUCGUCUUCUUAUCUGGUGAUUUGAAUUAUCGUGUUGACCUUAGACGGGAACAAUGUUUCGAUCUUAUACGCAACGAAGAUUGGCAAGGCUUAAUGGCAAAAGAUCAACUGCAACGUCAACUGAAGGAGAGCCCAGGACAUAGACUGAAGCCAUUCCGAGAAGCAGCAAUUCAAUUUGCGCCAACAUACAAAUAUGAUCGACAAACAGAUUCGUACGAUACAAGUGAGAAACAACGUGUACCUGCUUAUUGCGAUCGAAUAAUGUGGUAUUCAAGAAGUGAAGAUGCCCAUGCAAUUCAAUGCUUACAGUAUACCUCUCAACCUCAUAUCAAGAUGAGCGAUCAUAGACCUGUUGUUGCUAAAUUCUCCUUUCAAAUCCGCAAAGCUGAUCCUAAACGCAGGAAAGCGGUUCUCGAUGAAUUGCUAGGAGAUUGGCAAGUCGCUCAAGCUGAACGAUUAAGAGCUGCGAGAGAGUACUACAACUGA